CGUGAGGAGGAUGAAAGACAGUAUGCAGAACGCCGUCGUCAAGAUGAAGAAAGAAGAAGGAAGGAGGAGGAAGAACGAAAGGCAAGACUCGAAGCGGAGAAAAGUCGUAAGAAUGUGGAAAGGAGGAAGCGACAGCAAAUGAUGGCUGGAUCUUUUGGUGUAUCUUCUAACCAGCCUGUUAAGAAAAAUUACACAGUUUCAAAAAGCGAUCAAGCCGCUCAGUUUGGAAAUCUCGCUCAAAGUAAAAACGAUGCGCUCAGUAAGGAGCAACAGGAGGAAGCAAAGCGCGCGUUCCUGGCGGCUGUGUGCCGUCCCCAGGAUGUCUCAAACGUUCUCCCAAAUGAUUUGAAGCAACGAAUUAAGACCCUUCAUGCUCGCAUCGUCAAACUGGAAGGUGAAAAGUAUGACCUGGAGAAGCGCCUUGAGAGACAGCAGUACGAUAUAAGGGAGCUGAAUGAACGCCAAAGACAGGUUGCCCGGAAUAAGGCUAUCCAGAAAGGGCUUGACCCUGAUGAAGCUGUCUCAUCCAAACAUCCACCAAAAAUCACCACUGCCUCGAAAUUUGACCGCCAGACAGAUAGACGCUCCUAUGGCGAUCGUCGUCAGAUGUUUGAGCAUCCGACUAUACAAAGACCUUACACGCUUGCUCGUGGGACAGCACGUCCUCCAAGCGAAUGGGGUCGCAAAGAAAACGAGGAACUCGAACAAAUUCGCAAAAACCUCGAACCACCUAAGUAUGUUGAACAGGUCCGUGCUGAAGGUGAUGCCGCAAAGCCACCGGUUGCUCCAAUACCUUUAGUACUCCCAGAGAAAGAAUUUGUUGAAGAGCCACCACCACCAGAAUCAACCGAACAAGCAAAGGAAGCUCCAGCAGAACCGGUACAAAACGGAGAAGCUCCCGCAGAGGCGGCAGCUCCAGCGGAAGCAGCUCAGGAGGCUCCUGCAGCAGAAGUUGCCGCAUAGAC